CAGUGGGGUAAAGCUUUUUAGCAGUUGCAGUAUGGAUGAAUUUAAGCAGAUAGUUUCACAACCUGGACUUGAAUGCCUUCAGAAUCAAACAGUUCCAAAAGUGGUUUAUGAAUCAAAAAAUGCAGUGUGCGGCAAUGGGGUUGUGGAACUCCAUGAGCAAUGUGAUUGUGGCCAGUCAUCGUUUUGUGCACACACAAAGUGCUGUAAACCUGAAGCGUGUACACUAAUUGGAACUGCAGAGUGUGGAAGUGGCCAAUGCUGUCAUCCAGAUUCUUGCAGU